CUAUUCCGUCUUUCAUAUCUCCUUCUAUUCCUUUUACUUUCAUCCUAGUCUUCACCUAUACUCUACGACUAAUCAUUAUGAAGACAUCGGCCAUCCUUAUCGCUGCUUUAUCUGCCGCCGCCUCGGUCGAGGCCGGCAUCCACAGAAUGAAACUGGAGAAGCAGACUCCGUCCUCGACUUCUCUCACUGGUACCUUUCCUCCUUCUCCAGAGCUAGAGGCGAAAUGGCUCGCAUCCAAAUACCUCGGCCAGGAGUACACGGACCAGAUGCCUCUCGGGGGUUUCGGCGGUGCUGGCAAGAAAUUCAAAUCUGGAAAUAAGCAUACCGAGCAUCCCGAACAGAAUGAUGAAGAGAGGUAUUGGGCUCAAAUGGUCGACCAGUCGGCUCAUAGUCAGAUGAUUGACGUGUUAAAGGGUGGGCACGGUGUUCCCUUGUCCAACUACAUGAACGCCCAGUACUUCGCCACCAUGGAAAUAGGUACACCCUUCCAGACCUUUAAAGUUAUCCUUGACACUGGUUCGUCUAAUCUUUGGGUGCCAAGUGUUAAAUGCACCAGUAUCGCCUGCUUCCUUCAUAGCAAGUACGACAGUUCUCAGUCUUCGACAUACAAGGCCAAUGGCUCUGAUUUCGAGAUUCACUACGGCUCUGGCUCUCUUGAGGGCUUUAUCUCUCAGGAUACUGUUUCCAUUGGCGACCUUGUCGUCAAGAAGCAGGAUUUUGCUGAGGCUACUAAGGAGCCGGGGCUUGCUUUUGCCUUUGGCAAAUUUGAUGGUAUCCUUGGUUUAGGGUACGACACUAUUUCUGUUAACCACAUUGUGCCCCCCUUCUACAAUAUGCUUAACCAGCAUCUUCUGGACGAGCCUGUCUUUUCCUUCCGCCUUGGCUCCUCUGAUGAGGACGGUGGUGAAGCUAUCUUCGGCGGUAUUGACGAUUCUGCCUAUUCUGGCGAGUUACAAUACGUGCCUGUGAGACGAAAGGGGUACUGGGAAGUUGAACUUGAAAGCAUUAGCUUUGGUGACGAGGAACUUGAGCUGGAGAACACUGGUGCUGCCAUCGAUACUGGAACUUCUCUAAUUGUGAUGCCGACCGAUGUCGCUGAAUUGCUCAACAAGGAGAUCGGUGCCGAGAAAUCUUGGAAUGGGCAAUACACUGUUGACUGCAGUACCGUUUCUUCGCUCCCUGUGCUCGCCUUCACUUUCGGGGGUAAGGACUAUAAGCUCACUGGCGACGACUACAUCCUCAAUGCCGGCGGUACCUGUAUCUCUUCUUUCACUGGAAUGGAUAUCCCCGCUCCUAUUGGCCCUCUUUGGAUUGUUGGUGAUGUGUUCCUGCGCAAGUAUUACACUGUAUAUGAUCUUGGUAAGAACGCCGUGGGCUUUGCCAAGUCAAAGUAGAAUCAGGGCAGUUCUAGAAAAGAAAGACGAUUGGUCAUGGAUCGCCUAUAGGUGGUUUCUAGAUCCAAUAGCAGACAUUAGUCUAGAAUUGAGUAAUCGGUAGUAAAGAUAAAGAGCAAGUACGCAUGUACAUUUGAAUGAUUCGGAUCU